AUGUCCCCACCUCCCGCCUUCAAGGUCGCCCCAGGCAUCAACUCGUAUGACUGGGGCAAGCGUGGCUCGGCCUCCCUUGCAGCCCAGUACGCCCGCGAGUCCGUCCCCGACUUUACUAUCGUGCAGGACAAGCCCUACGCCGAGCUCUGGAUGGGCACACACCCGUCCAAUCCCUCGCGCACUGCGACGGGGCUGCUGAGCGAAUACCUCGCUGCACACCCCAACCUUAUCGGUAGCAAGGUCGCACAAAAGUUCCCCGAUACCAGGGACGGCGCGCUGCCGUUCCUCUUCAAGGUGCUCUCGAUCGGCACCGCACUCAGCAUCCAGGCGCACCCUGACAAGACGUUGGCGAGUCAGCUUCACAAGGAGAGGCCUGAUAUCUACAAGGACCCCAACCACAAGCCUGAGAUGGCCAUUGCGCUCACGCCCUUCCGCGCGUUCCUCAACUUUGUCCCAGGCCCGAUCCUGCUGCAGAACCUCAUCACCGUCCCAGAGCUGGGAGACAUUGUGCCUGAGGAUGCGAUCGACAAGCUGGCAAAGUCACUCGGCCUCCCAACGUCCCACGACGCUGUUGACAAGGCCGCCCAGGGCCCGUUCGAGCCGACGACCGACGCGCAGAAGGCCGCCAUCAAGGCUGUGUUCUCCGCAGUUAUGCACGCGACGAAGGAGCAGUACGAGGGCGCGAUCGAGAAGCUUGUCCGCCGCUACAAGUCUGGCAAGGUUGCGCCCUGCGAGGAGCGCCUCCGCGAGCUCGUGAUCACCCUCGACGAGCAGUACCCUGCCGACGUUGGCACGCUGUGCGUGUUCCUCCUCAACGUCAUCGACCUCGAGACGGGUCAGGCUGUGUUCCUCGGCGCCAACGUGCCGCACGCAUACAUCUGUGGAGACAUCAUCGAGUGCAUGGCGACGUCUGACAACGUUGUGCGCGCAGGCCUGACGCCCAAGCUGCGCGACGUGCCAACCCUCGUCGACAUGCUCACGUACGAGGCCGGGCCAGCGGAGAAGCAGGAGCUGCAGCCUCAUGAGUUCAACCGUGACCCCACCACUCUCCUCUACGACCCACCCAUUGACGAGUUCUCGGUCCUCCGCGUCCAUCUGGCUAGGGACGAAAUGACGACGCACCGACCUAUCGAGGGGCCUAGUAUCGCCAUCAUCACGAACGGCGAGGCUCUCAUCAAGUGGGCUGGCUCCGGAUCAAUCCCCGUCGCCCGUGGCGACGUCAUCUUCAUGGGUGCAGGCGUCGAGUAUAAGUGGCAGGCGAAGCAGGACACGGAGGCGUUCCGUGCGUUCGUCGAGGCGUAG